CGUGUCCUGAAUUCUGUGCGUAAUUUCACUAAUACUACUUCUACGAUCACCACAAAUUGGCGUCGCGCAAUUGAGAUUCCAAGUAUUGAACAAUUGAACCUGCAAGUCAGUCCAUCCGAGAUCGAGGAAUGGGUAGAGCAAUUCGAACUCUGGUGCAGUAUUCGAAAAGGUGGUGUGCAAAAACAAUCCGCCCUAUUUCUCACUGCUGGCGGCCGUGAUCAGUAUUCGUUGCUAAGAAACCUGGCAUUUCCCGGGGUUCCCGCUAAACUACCAUACGAGUCCUUGAAAUCGCUCCUGCUCAACCACCUGCUGCCUAGUGAAUUCCAAGCCCACGAAUGUGCUAAAUUCAAUUCCGUGAUCCGUACUGACCACAAAUUCAUCGUUGACGCGGGAAGUAUGGAGUCUAUUAUUUCUAAUGCUGUGCCUCGAUCCAUAUGUCCCGAAGCAAAAAUCCAACCGACAUCCAUGCGAAUUCUUGGUGCGGCUAUAGACGAAGUCAUUCAUGGCGUCCUAGCGUACCAGGAUGAUGCCAUUGUUUUUGGUGCAAAGAAAGUCGAACAUGACGAACGCCUAACUAAUCUCCUGGAACGUUUCGCCCAGAAGAAUGUCUCAAUUUGUGCUUCCAAGUGCAUGUUCAAUUCCCCAGAACUGGAGUUCCUGGGCUUCACAAUUGAUGAAAAAAGGCUACCGCCCUGA